AGAACGUCGAGGCCAAUAUGGCUUCCCGCACCUGGUGACUGUUGAAGAAACUGAGUUAGGUCUCAUGGAGAAGCCUCGGGGCAUUGAGGAGACUCCAUCUUCAGAACCAAUGGAGGAAGAAGAGGAAGAUGACGACUUGGAGCUGUUUGGUGGCUACGACAGUUUCCGGAGUUAUAACAGCAGUGUGGGCAGUGAGAGUAGCUCCUAUCUAGAGGAGUCAAGUGAAGCAGAAAAUGAAGAUCGGGAAGCAGGGGAGCUGCCCACCUCUCCACUACAUUUGCUCAGCCCUGGGAAUCCUCGCUCCUUGGAUGGCAGUGGUUCUGAGCCAGCUGUCUGUGAGAUGUGUGGUAUCGUGGGCACAAGGGAAGCCUUCUUCUCCAAGACCAAGAGGUUCUGCAGCGUCUCCUGUUCCAGGAGCUACUCCUCUAACUCCAAGAAAGCCAGUAUCUUGGCUAGAUUACAGGGAAAACCACCCACCAAGAAGGCCAAAGUCCUGCACAAGGCAGCCUGGUCUGCCAAAAUUGGAGCUUUUCUCCACUCCCAAGGCACAGGACAGCUAGCAGAUGGGACACCAACAGGACAAGAUGCUCUAGUCUUGGGGUUCGACUGGGGAAAGUUCCUGAAGGAUCACAGUUACAAGGCCGCUCCUGUCAGCUGCUUUAAACACGUACCAUUGUAUGACCAGUGGGAGGAUGUCAUGAAGGGGAUGAAAGUGGAGGUGCUCAAUAGUGAUGCUGUGCUCCCCAGCCGGGUGUACUGGAUUGCCACUGUCAUUCAGGCAGCAGGGUAUCGGGUGCUGCUCCGAUAUGAAGGCUUUGAAAAUGAUGCCACCCAUGACUUCUGGUGCAACCUGGGAACCGUGGAUGUCCACCCCAUUGGCUGGUGUGCUAUCAAUAGCAAAAUCCUGGUGCCUCCACGGACCAUCCACGCCAAGUUUACUGAUUGGAAGAGCUACCUCAUGAAGCGGUUGGUAGGCUCCAGGACACUUCCUGUGGAUUUCCAUAUCAAGAUGGUGGAGAGCAUGAAGUACCCCUUUCGGCAGGGCAUGCGCCUAGAAGUUGUAGACAAGAGCCAGGUGUCACGGACCCGAAUGGCUGUGGUGGACACGGUAAUUGGAGGUCGCCUGCGGCUCCUCUAUGAGGAUGGUGACAGUGACGAUGACUUCUGGUGCCACAUGUGGAGUCCCCUAAUCCACCCAGUGGGUUGGUCACGGCGUGUUGGCCAUGGCAUCAAGAUGUCAGAGAGGCGAAGUGACAUGGCUCAUCAUCCCACCUUCCGGAAAAUCUACUGUGAUGCUGUUCCUUAUCUGUUCAAGAAGGUACGUGCUGUCUACACAGAAGGUGGCUGGUUUGAGGAGGGGAUGAAGCUGGAGGCCAUUGACCCCCUAAACCUAGGCAACAUCUGUGUGGCGACCAUCUGCAAGGUUCUUCUAGAUGGCUACCUGAUGAUCUGUGUAGAUGGGGGACCCUCCACAGAUGGCUCAGACUGGUUCUGUUACCAUGCCUCUUCCCAUGCCAUCUUCCCAGCUACCUUCUGCCAAAAAAAUGACAUUGAGCUCACACCCCCUAAAGGGUAUGAGACACAGACUUUUAACUGGGAGACCUACUUGGAGAAGACCAAAUCGAAAGCAGCUCCAUCAAGACUCUUUAACAUGGACUGUCCUAACCAUGGCUUCAAGGUGGGCAUGAAGCUGGAGGCCGUGGACCUAAUGGAACCUCGGCUCAUCUGCGUGGCCACAGUGAAGCGGGUGGUGCACCGACUCCUCAGCAUCCACUUUGAUGGCUGGGACAGCGAGUAUGACCAGUGGGUGGACUGCGAGUCUCCAGAUAUCUACCCCGUCGGCUGGUGUGAGCUCACUGGCUACCAGCUCCAGCCACCAGUGGCCACAGAACCAGCCACACCUCUGAAGGCCAAAGAGGCCACAAAGAAGAAAAAGAAACAGUUCGGAAAGAAAAGGAAAAGAAUCCCACCAACCAAGACCCGGCCCCUCAGACAGGGGUCCAAGAAGCCCCUACUGGAGGAUGACCUGCAGGCCACGCGGAAGGUCUUGUUGCAGCCUGUUCCUGAUGAGAUCAUCACUGUGUGUGUGAAGGAAGAGCAUUUAGACUGCAACUCACCUGAUAAGGCUCCUGGUCCAGAGCUGCCUAUCCCCAUUGAGAGCAUCAAGCAGGAGACAGACAACUGAGCCUUUUCCUUCACCAGCCUAGCCCCUAGCUGUAAGCCAGCCCCGGGGCCAUGGAGCAGAGAGGGGGCCGACUUCCUACUGCCACCAUCCGCUUGAGUUUGGAGACUGAGCCUUUUUGUGUAAAUCCUGCCUGAUGUGUGAAGCUGCACACUGAAGGACUGCGUGGGUCUCCCUGGACCCGCCUUUGCCUCUGGCAGUGCCUAUAUGACUAGGCUGCCUGAGGCCCCCAUCCUAGUUAAGCAACCCCCUCUGUGGCUGAGUUACUGAAGCUGGCACAUUUGCUGCCCACUUUCCUCCUACCCCUACCACACUCUGAAUGCAAGGGUGAGCGCUGCCUCUUAUCACACUGGAAGACAAGGCUGUGAUCUGCGUGUAUGUUUGCCCAAGCAAGCAUGGGAAUAAAGUGCUGAGAGCUGGAGUGGCUCUGAGAGGGAAGGUGCCCUGGCCAACAUGAGGUCGUAGGACAGCAGCAUUCUACUUAAGACUGAACCAUGUAGAAGGCCUUGUGCACCUCUUGGGUGGUGGCACUGCCCUUCCUAGUGCCCUAAGACACCCAACUGUGGUAGGAAGUUGAGAAGCAAUGACCAAUAUAAUAGGCAUGGGUUUUCUCUGUCGACAUAAGCACUGGCUUCCAUUUCCUAAAAGAAACAGUGAGGGAGGCCUGCAGGGGCCUGUGGCCCUCAGGUGAAUUUGAUAUUGUGGACUAGGCCAGUCUGCUUGGCUGCCAGGGACUGUAGGAUCAGAAGAUAGCCUGAUCCAUGUCCUGUGGUGGCUCCCAGCUAGGCCUAACCUAAUCUGGGGCUCAGUUUGAGUUGGAACUGAUGUUUGACCCAGGGCUGAAGUGGCCAUAAAGGAGGAUCUUCCCCAUUUUUUCACCAGCACUUCCUGGGAUGAAAGUGGGAGGUGGAAUAGGUACACUUCCAGCUUCCUUUUCAUUAAUGUCCAAGUCUUUUUAACUUCUUGUUUUGAAACCACUCUAGAAGUUCACCUGGUAUUUGCACAAAUGUUAGCUGUGUUUGCCUUUCUCAAUUAGUCUACCCUGAAACUGACCAACUUGCCCCUCCAGCAACUUCCUGGAACCCUGAGUGCAGUUGGCUCAGCCUUUUGUUGUCCACCUGUGUUUUGGAUAGAGUUGGUAUGGCCUGGAUGGGUCCCUCUGUCCUUUAAGGACUGCAGCUGUGCUGCUGUGAAUAGCUGCCUUCCAGACCUGCCCUGGCCCCUCCAGCCCUUGUGCAGGUGGCUUGUGCACUGGUCUGUCAGCCACUGUUCACUGAGAUGUGAUGCAGGUGUCCAGUUAUCAUGGGCCUGGGUGUUUCUGGGCAGGGUCAGAGAGAACUUGGUUCUGUCUCCUAAAGGCACUAGAUAGCCCCAUACUAUGCAAAACCUAGGCUUAGAAAAGGGCCUAUUGGUACAGGCUGAUUUCCUCAAAAAGUAAAUAGGUUUGGAGAUGGAAGACCACAGGAGUAAGUUCAGAGGGACCAUACCUCCCCCAUCACGUACACCUCUUCUGAGACUCAGGUGGUGACAGGUGAGUGGCAUAAGCCCCCAAAGGAGGAUAUUGGGAAGAAGAUGGCCUGAGUGUGCACUUUGUUCUGCUGCUUGCUCAGGAACCCAGCUAAAGAACCCAUCAUCUCAGCUUCUUUAGCAGUUACUGGAUUAUUGUUACAAAAAGGCUUCUGAGAAGAUUGGCUUGUAUGCCAUUUGGCUUUUGUUUCUUCCUGAAACAAGACAUUCUUCCUGAAUGAAGACACUAUGCCUAGAGGUGCCAUGAACAUGAGUUCCCAUGAUAAGGAGGGCAGAGCUGGAAGAUAUGUCUGAUUGCCAUUCUGUCCCUGGCCUGGCUCCUCAGGCUCCUUUACUUGUAUGAGCUCCUUAGUUGGUAAAGUCCAAUUUGUCAGACUUCUGUGCCUUGCAGAACGUGUUCUGACAUGCCACCUCAUAGCAUCAAGUAUAAAGAUGAGUUACCACACAGGGCAAAGCAAUAAAAAUUGUCACCUGUCCUCAUCUUUUGAGUGCCCUUUCUCCAUAACAACUACAUACUGAGCUGUGUGCCGGUGGCUCAUGCCUAUAAUCCUAGCUACUCAGGAGGCAGAGAUCAGGAGGAUCAUG